AUGGCGACGAACCGACGAUGGAAACCGCGCGAGGUUUGUACGAAAUCGUGGUCGGUCUUGGUGGUCACGUGGUUUGCUGCAGCCACCACAGUUUGUUUGGCGGCCUGGCAGGAGAACAUCCGGCCCAAGAUGUACGUCCAAUUAGUUCAUAUACGUAUACAUGACGCUCCCAUGUCAUUAGCUAAUCAAGAUGCAUACCAAGAAAUUUGA